UUUUACAAUAAAUUUGUAACGCCAAAGUUGAAGAAAGCUUUAAACAGUUAACACAAGGGCGUGAGUUGCAGAGAUUUUGAGAAAUCCACAGCAAUGGCAGAAAAUCUAAUCCCAACAAAACUGGAUUACUUUGAAGACACGUCCAGGCUCCAAUCCACUUCCACUGUCCUCUCUUCCUUCCUGAGUGAUGAUGGGCGGCAGACUUUGGUGCUGGAUUCCACUAUUUUCCACCCACAAGGCGGCGGCCAGCCUUCAGACAAGGGUUACAUUUCCAGCACCCACCUCACCUUCCUUGUUGAGGAUGUCCGAUCAAAGGAUAAAAUCGUGUAUCACUAUGGCCGGUUCAAUUCCAAAGAUGGGAAUUUUGAGAAAGGUGCUCAAGUUUUCUUGAGUGUGGAUCAAGAAAGGCGUACACUUAAUUCCAGGCUACAUUCAGCUGGGCAUUUACUUGAUAUGUGUGUGAGAAACGUCGGAUGGGAGCAUUUGGAGCCUUCCAAAGGAUACCACUUCCCAGAUGGGCCGUAUGUGGAAUACAAAGGCACAGUUCCACAGAAUGAAUUACAAAGCAAGCAGAAUGAGCUACAAGCAGAAGCUAACAGUUUGAUCACAAAAGGAGGGAAAGUGUCCGUCUCCAUUUUACCCUACGAUGAAGCUUCUCAACUCUGCGGUGGAUCACUUCCCGAGUACAUACCCAAGGACAGCACACCCCGGAUUGUGCAGCUCGGGCAAACCCUAGGGUGCCCGUGCGGGGGCACACACGUAGGAGACAUCAGUGACAUCUCGAGCCUAACGGUUACUCAGAUUCGGACAAAAAAGGGAUUGACAAAAGUUUUUUACAAUGUUGGAUAGUGUAUGUGAGACGUGUGUAUGCAAAUGAAAUUCAAUCUCAAACAAAUGUAACACAACAAUUGAUGGUAUAAUCAAUUAAGCAUUAAUAAUCGAACAUCUUGGAUAUUUUCUUUUA